AUGAUUGAUCUGUGUAAGCUUGCCUUUCUUUACCAACCUGUGCUGAUGACCAUGCAGGUUUCUGCUGCCUCAGAGAAUCUGCAGAUGGGCAAAUAUCAACAGCUGCAAGAAGAAAAUAAUUUCCUCAAAGAGCAGUUACAGUCCCUGCAAAGCAAAAACGAUUCACUGGCUGAGGAGAAUACAAAGCUGAAGGAAGACCAAAAACAUCUUACUGAGAGUUGCAAGUGUACCAUAGCUAUGACAGAACAGUACAGAAUAUUCCUCACACAAAAAACGGAAAGCGAAAUAAGUGAACAAGCAGAAAAAGUGUCCAACUUUAUACAGGAGCAGAACAGAGCUCGAGCAUAUCAGGACGCUGUUUGGACAUCGACAGUGCAAGCACAACUAUCUAAAAUCUCCCAGCUAUCAAAUAAAUUACAGGAAUGUGAAAGAAAGAUUAAGAGACUGGAGGAUGAAAAUUGUAAGCUUCAUCUAAGAGUUCAUCUGUGUCAAACAUCGUCUGAAACUUUUACUACCAGGAAUAGCUUAAACAACCCUACUGAGAGAAAUUCUCAGAGUUUUCUGGGACCUCGGACGCAUUUUUCAGCAAGAGAAGACUAUGCGGAUUUGAGCCCAAGACUAAGAUCUGCAUUUGAGAAGGUGGACGCCUUCCUGAGAAAACUUUAG